UUGCAGAGUUAGGGAUCGUCUGUCAAUUUCACACUGCUCAUGAAAACUAGAGUCGUGCACUGUGCCAUAGUUUGAAAUUGAGUUUGCUGAUCAUGGAACUUAUCCCUAACUUUGCACUUCUCCUACUUCUCCUCCACACACCAUUUUCAGUGUGGCUUCAGGUCUUCAGCACAGCCGGGCCCUGGCUUUAAUAAUUUGAGCCAAUGAGGAUAUCUGUGUUGCACCGAAAUUCAUAAUGGAGAGUUAACUGAAAAUGGAAGCGGGACUGCACCUUAUGGAGAAGAAUCAACAAAUUGCUUCUUACAACGGAGACCUACUUCUUUUUCAAAUCCCUGAUAGGAAAAGAAUUUGCGAUGCCAGUGAAAAGAACACUUUGCUUUUCUUUAGAAAAAGGUUUGACACAGUCUCUCAGACGUUUAUUGAGCAGUCACUUGGACAGUACAACUUCCCAGGCACUAAAUCUGGGGUUGAACUCGUUUGUGUUAACUGUGUAACCGACUCCCGUACAGGCAUAAACCUUCCUUGUGUUUUGUUGAAAACAUGUAAGAAAAAGAGUAGCAAUGCCACAAAAUGUACCUUGCUCCUGUUCCAUGCAUCCAAUCAGGUUGAAUGCUCUCUAAAGUUUCGUCUAGACGUUGAUACGGUGCAAGAUCUACAGAUCUGUGAUGGUCCAACCGUUUUGUGGAGGCACGAAGAUAAACUGUUUUAUAUUUCUCAGCCUACUUCUGGUGUUUUAACAUCACCCCUCAGUCUGACUGCUAUACAUUGGGUCGGUACAAUAUAUGGAGAAGGAACAGUAAUCUUUGGCACCAGGAAUGCAACUUUUCAAGGGGCCAAAGAAAUAGCAACUGGAUUUCAUCUUGAUGCUGCUGAGUUUGUUUUGUAUUCCAUUGAAAAGCAGAGAACCGUUCCAGGGACCUGCUUUCUGCCACACGCAUACAGCACUGUUUUACGUUGCCUUCAGGUGUGUGUGAUGCAAAAAAGAAAUGACAAGUAUGAGACAUCCGUUGCUGCAGCGAGCAAUACACAGCUUAUUUGGAUACAAAAUGGAAUUCCGAAAGAAGUUUGCAAGCUUCCAUUUGAGAAUCCCUGCAAGCUACAAAUAGCUUUAACAAGCCGAGGGUAUUUGUUUAUUAUUUCCUUUGCUUCUGGAGACGUAUGUGCAGUACAGAAAGAUGGCUUGAAGAUUGCUGCAACUUGGCAGCAAGUCCACACUGUUGUCGUGGAUGAUUUUCUUGGCAGAGGCACUGAUCAAAUACUCUUGCUGUUAAAGUGUGAUCCAAACAGUUCAUCUGAUUUUCAAUCAUUCAAACUAACUGACUGCUGUGAAAUUAACUAUCCUACUGGGGAAUGUGACAUCGGUACAUCAACUGAAGAUGGAUUUCAUGAAAACCGCCUUCUCGCUAUACGAGCACUCGAGUCAAGAUUGCAGGCAGGUUUGCUUUCACUCGAAGAAUUGCAACAGCAUUUACAACUCAAAGAUAGGGUCCUGAGGUCAUCAUGCGAGGCACUGAUCAACAUGGUUCAAGGCAAUGAAACCGCUAUUCCCUCUGCAGACAAGGAGGGCUUGGUUUCACUUUGGGAUGAUAAAGAAAGCAGUCCUUGCCUGCCCAGUACAUCGUUAUGUUUAUCGUCACCAGCUGAAUGCCCUGUAGAGAGAAUAUGGCAACGCAUUGUUAAUGACCUUUUGGUGAUUGGUGUAAAGCUCAACAGCUCAGCGUAUCUAUCACUGAGCAGUGUGAGCUUAUCUCUAGUACUGGAUCAAAGCACAGUCCAGCUCUCCACCGUUACCAAAUGCGAAACUCUGGAAUUGAAAAUGGCCAUUGGUUCUUUAAUAAAGUCUAGUCCCGUCUACCAAGGAGAACCCACUGCAAAGAAGCAAAGAACUAGCUCUUUCACCACAGGCAGUGUUUUGGAGGAUUCUUCGGGAAGGCAGAGCUGUCCCCCUUAUGAAAAUGAUUUGGCAAACACAGUGACUGCUGUCACAGAACUAUCCCCUCUCCUGGCACUUGUUAAUACAAGUUCUGUUUUGCUGCUGCACGCCAGGAGGAGAAAUCGACCUGACAGUUUAGUUAAAAGCGAGAUGCUGACAGUACCAUGCGGGAGAAUUUCUUUAAGCACAGAAGAUGUUUUAAAAGGGAAGCACACAGUAAAUAUAUCUGAACACUGUCAAGGCAGUAUAGAAGACGUUUUGGCUGUUUUAUCAGCCUAUAUAAAAUAUUCCUUCCAUAUCUCCUCGCCUGACUGUACACUGACGUCUAUGAAGUUCUGGAUGAUGGGUCAUAUGCAGGGGGAACCUGUACGACACAUACCAGAAAUCAUUUGCAGCCGUAUACCUGGAAGUCUUGAAGGUACUCUUUUCAUCUGGAAUCCAAGGAGCCCUUGUGAAGGGAAUCUUACCGUCUUUGCCAGGAAUACCGCAGUGAUGCUCCAGUGCCUCUGUAGUCUCAGAAGUGUUCUUCCUCCAACCUGUGUGAUGAAGAUCAUAAAGCAAGAGGGCAUGCACUGUUUGGCUGAAAGCUUGGCGCUGUCUCUGGAAGAGGAGUUGCUGGCCCUCAAGAGUGCAAUAUCCACAUCAGCAAGCGAUGCUGAAGAAGACCUGACCCUGAGAAGUAAAUUGAAGAAAAAGCCCAGUAGCACAAUAACUCCUUUAUCCGACACAAAGGAAGAUGUGCAGCGGUAUCGAGAUGAGCUCCUGAUUGAGCAGGAGCAAAGUAAGCUGGGAGCUAACCUCACUAUAGAAAGCGAUCAGUACAGACAAAUUGUAGAGAAGAUAGCUCAGAUUCAAAUGAACUCUGACAAACUAGCAGCGAGACUGGCCUCUUCCUGAUCUCCAAGUCACAUGAAAUCUCACCUAGGAGAUUCCUUUAAUAGUUGUGAUUUGUUCAGAAUAAUUCACCAUAAGCUAUACUGCAGGCUUAAAAGAAAACUAUACCCCCAAAUAAAAACUUGAGCAACAGAUCUUUUAUAUCAAAUUAAGUGGCAUAUUAAAGAAUUUUAUCAAACUGGUACAUAUAUUUAAGUAAAUAUUGCCCUUUUACA